AAGUUUUUUUUUAACAUUUAUUUAUAUAUAUAAUUUUUAGGUUUUAAUUAAAUACAACGUGUGAUUAUCUAAUUCUAAUUAUAUAAAUAAAAAAAAUGGUAGUGGGUGUUUUUCCAGCUCUCAAAUUGGGAGUCUUAUUUGUUAAACAAAUUAGUAAACCUUUAGCAAAGUUCCUUGUUAAUCAAGCUAAAAAUCAUCCUGUAUUUAGGACAUAUUUUAUCAUACCACCUGCUCAAUUUUAUCAUUGGGCAGAAGUAAAAGCAAAAAUGUAUUUAAUGAAUCUUGGUAAACCAACAAAAGUUGCAAAGUUGAAUGAAACUAUGGCUAUUGAAUUAGGAGCCAAUUUAAUGGGUGAGGUUAUUAUUUUUAGUGUUGCUGGUGCUUGUUUAAUAUUAGAAUAUAAUCGUCAAGUAACAAAAGAAUCAAAAAAAGAAGAAGCACGUCUUCAACAAAUACAAACAUUUACAAAUGAUAUUAAAAAUUUAAAUCAAAUUACAUCUCAACAAGAAAGUGAAAUAGAAUAUUUGCAAGAAGUAAUUAAACAAUUAGCAAAACAUACAAAAUAUGAAUUGAUUAUAAAAUCAAGAACAAAAGAAUCAAAUAAAGAAAUGCAACAAUUUAAUGUUGAUAGAAAUCAAAAUACAAAUAUAAAUCCAAACAAUAAAAAAUCAUCAAUAAUUGAACGUGCUAUAUUAUAUUAUGAAAAUAAUGUAAAAACAGACAAUCUCAGUUAACUGAAAUUUUAUUUUAAAUUUUAUUAAUGAUUUUGAUAAUGUACUUAUAAUAUUAAUGAUACCAAAAAGAACAAAUACAUCUUUAUAAUCUCAUAGUGUAUAUAAAAAAUACUUUCCACAAUAUGUACAUGAAUUUAUGUAGAAUUAAAAUCAUAUAUAACACUUUGUACAUUAAUAUUUUGUACAUU